GAGCGUUCCAGCCGCUCCUGUGGUGCGUCGCUCCGUGGUUUCAAGAAAUUAUUGUGCGGAAUCGCCAUCGCCAUGGUUUCUGUCAACAACAGCGUGUUCCCCCCGCCGAGAGGAACAUUCACCGCAAAGAUCCAGAACAGAGAUGAAUUACUCGGGGACAAGCUCGAAUCGAGCCCACGAUCACCGCUGCAAGAGCAAGCUCACCCCGAGAAGCACAUCUCUCUCGAUAUGACAAAUAACAAACUGAACAAUUUCACCUACAAGGGAAACGCGGAGAAAUCUCCGGAUAUCUUCUCCGCGAAAGAGCAGAUUGUCGCCCAGGACAAUCUCCGUCUCGUGGCUUUCUCCCGAAUUCUACUGGCUCAGAUCUGCCAUUGGUCAAUUAUCUCCGUAGGCGGUAUCGUCAGCGCUAUCUGCAACUACCGCGCUAGUCCCGAGAAAGAGUUCAUCAUUCUGACCUUGAUCUUCCUCUUCGUGUUGAUCUGCAACCUGUGCUACUUAUCGGCAACGCAAGAUCUCGAAGCUUAUCGGGGGGACUAUAGCCGCGGAAGUUUCGCUCGUGACCUCUACCUCAACGUCUUCAAGCUCGUUGCGCUCACCCUCUCGAUUUGCGCUCUGAAUGUGGCCUUCUCGAGUUUCAGUCAGAUCUUCUUCAAUAUCGUCUCUAUGAGCGUACUCCUGAGCCUCGGGGGAUUCUUCUGCCUGGCGAGGUUCUCCCACAUGUUUCCCAAAGUACGUCAUCUGCUCAACGGCUCGCUCGUCGCUGCUUCCAUUUCGCUCAACAUCUUCGGACUCAUCUUCUUCGCUCCGUACCUGAACAAUUGGCUGAGACCAAAUCCUUUUACUCUCGUCGCAGCGACUAUCGUCGGCUUCCUCUUUUCGGCUGCAUUCCUGAUUCAGAGUAGAUCUUUCUCGAUCGAUAACGUCCAGCAGAGGAUCGCAAUCCAGGACUACGGCUGCGCGGGCACUGUCAACAUCUACACCGUCUUCAUGAGCAAAUUAUGGAUCAAAAUCGCGGGGAAGGAACUGUACGAUCAGAAUUAGGGCCCGUGAAUCUUCACCGGAACCAAUUUUCCUGGUUGCUUCUUCCCUCCUCGUGCCUGAUCGCUCGUCUCGAGUCAGACCUGUGUUCCGUAUGGUAGACAGUAAAGUCAGAAGCGCGAAGCUGUUAUACAUGCCUAUCAUUAAAUAUAUAUUAUUAUAUACC